AUGCUGUCAUUCAGGGAUGUGGCCAUUGAUUUCUCUCCAGAAGAGUGGGAGUACCUGGAGCCUGCUCAGUGGAAUCUGUACAGGGAUGUGAUGUUGGAGAAUUACAGCCACCUUGUGUUCCUGGGGCUUGCUGACUCUAAGUCACAGCUGCUGACAUUUCUAGAGCAAAGACAAGGCUCUGCCGCUGUGAAGAGACAAGCAGUAAAAGCAGUGUUCCCAGGAAUAACACCCAAUGAUUCUAACCAUUACAGCAAUCCCACUAAUUGUGAAUCACUCCUUCUUAAACGAAGAAGAAUUAAUACAGGGGAGAAACCCUACAAGUGUGGAGAAUGUGGUAAGGCCCUUAGUUCUCAUAAAACACUUUCUAUACACCAGAGACUUCACACUGGAGACAAACCCUACAAGUGUGAAGAGAGUCAUAAGGCCUUCUGUACGCCCUCAUCACUUUUUAUACACAUGAAAAAUCAUACUGAUGAAAAAAACUUCAAGUGUGAAGACUGUGGCAGAACAUUUUACUAUCUUUCAAUGCUGAAGCAACAUCAGAGAAUUCAUUCUGGGGAGAAACGUUACAAGUGUGAAGAAUGUGGAUACACUUCUUACGACCCUUCAUUCCUUGAGCAGCAUCAAAAAAUUGAUUGUAGGGAGAAAUGCUACAAGUGUGAAGACUGUCACAAAGCCUUUCAUCAUCACUCAGCCCUUAGGAGACACGAGAGAGUUCACACUGGACACAAGAGAGUUCACACUGGACACAAGAGAGUUCACACUGGACACAAGAGAGUUCAUACUGGACACGAGAGAGUUCAUACUGGACACGAGAGAGUUCAUACUGGAGAGAAACCUUUCAAAUGUGAAAAGUGUUGCAGAUGUUUUAGGGAAUCUUCAUCCCUUAAGAAACAUAAAAAAGUCCCGUGCAAAAAGGAACCCUACACUUGCCAAGACUGUGGCAGAUAUUUUUCAAAUUAUUUGAGACUUAGACGACAUGAAGUGAUUCAUUCUGAAUAUAAUCCUUACAAGUGUGAAAUAUGUGACAAAAGAUUUUCCCAUUCUGCAAGUCUUAGGAACCAUCAAAGAGUUCAUAGUAGAGAGAGACCACGCAAGUGUAAGCAUGUCACCAAGCCUUUUAAAUAUCAUUCAACCCUUUCGAAAAACAAGAACACUCAUGCAAGAGAGAAAUCCUACCAGUGUGAAGAUGUGGUAUGAUGGUCUGUAUAUGCUUGGCCCAGGGAGUUGCAGUAUUAGGAGGU